AGAUUCUGUUCUUAUAUAUACUAGGAUACUCCGCGGAAGCCAUUACAAUUGUGAUCAGCUCUGGUCACACAAAUUAAUUUAUUUUAGUAAUAAGUUAAAAUUAUUUAAGUAUAUAUAUGAUGGAUGAAACGAAGAAGAGUGGGGCGUUGAAGAGGUGCAGCGGCGUCAAAAAGGAGAAGGAAACUGGGGCGUUGAAGAGAUGCAGCGGCGGCGAAAAGGAGAAGGAGACAGGGGCGUUGAAGAGAUGCAGGGGCGGAGAAAAGGAGAAGAAAAAGAAGAAGAAAAAGGAGGAGGAUUGUACUUUGAAGAGGUGCAGCGGCGUGGAGAAGGAAACUGGGGCGCUGAAGCUAGGCAGGGGCGGAGAAAAGGAGAAGAAAAAGGAGAAGAAAAAGGAGAAGGAGGAUUGGACUUUGAAGAGAUGUAGCCACGAUCCCUGCGUCUGCCACGAUCUUCUUAAGAGACCAGGACGCCCGUAUUCGCUAUUCGACUCCGAAAACUAUUUUCCUUCUCCAGUAAAUACCAUCAGCCCUGAUUUUACUACUGGUGAACCGCAUGAUUUUUUCGAGUUUCCAGAGGAAAUAUUUAUGGAGGAGUGCAAGCCUCUUAAUAUUAAGAAAGGUGAGAAAUUGCCGGUUGAUGUGUUUUCCUUGUUAUCUAAUGGCGGUAAGACAAGCUCCCUGGUCCGUAACAAUGGUGAAAGAGUUGGUUUAGUCGAUGCCAUUGCCGGUAAGUAUUUGGUUGUUUGUUGCUUCUUUGUGCCUAUGUUUGUUGAAGACCCUCCUCACCGUCCAUGCCGCGCCUUGAUAGCAACUUACAAUGACUUGAAGAAGAAGAACUUAAAUUUCGAGAUGGUGAUGGUAGCUAAGAUGAGAUCCACGUUUAUCUCUAAGAAACAAGAGGAACCUGCUUUCGACUGGUUUUUUUCUGCGUUUCCUUGCCUGGCUGUACCCUUUUCUGACUCCUCGACCCGAGACUCGAUUUGCAAGCUUCUUGGAAUAGAAAGUUCGAGGUUAUCAAGUGAUGGUGAUGCUUGUCUUGUUCUCGAUCCUGAUCAAAAGGUUUUGCAGACGCAUACUUGGUGUUUCGAGAAUUAUGGAGCUGCGUCCUUCCCUUUCACUGAUCACCACUUGGACUCCAUUAAGAAAAAAAUUGAGGAGGUAAGAUUGAGGUUGGAUCCAGUUUACAGGCAACGGGAACUCGGUGGCCAGUUCACAGGUCCUCUCUACAAGGAACCUGUGACCCUGGAGGAACUCUUGUGCUGCGAAUCCUCAAUGCUCCUACACAAAUGUGAUGGCAGUAGCCUAGAGAACAAGGUAAUAUCUGUUGCAGAUCUCAGCAAGAGCAAGUUUGUUGUCUUGUACCUUUGCUUUGAUGCUGAAUUUAUGUCUCGUCUUGAAAUCUUCCGUCGCAGAUGUGUUCAGCGUAAGCAACAGUUUGAGGUUGUGAUCAUAAACCUAUCCUACUUUUCUGACGAGUCUUCCUACUCUGAAGCAUUCAAGUUGGCAUUGAAAGAGAACGAUAUAUCGUCUUGGUGGGAGCUGCCCUUUGUUGACCAUGUUAGCCGAAGGCUUUACCAAAUUGUUAAUGUUCCAUAUGAAGAUGAUGUAAUCAUUUGGGCGGGUGGUGGGCGUUCUGGUGAGCUAAGUGGAUUGGCUCUUAUGGAGUGGAUUGGCUCAAGGAACUUAUAUCCUAUCACUAGAAAGAAAUGGUUAGAUGACAAGCUUUCGGCUUUAAGGUCACUCACCCUAGAGUCGUUUCUUUCCUACAAGGGAGGCAAACGAGGUUAUUCUCACUUGACAGUUUCUGACCUCAAGAACAGGAAAAUUCUCCUUUACUUUGGCUCCUCUAGUUCUCUUCUCAAGAAGUUGCUUGACUCCUACAAACAAAUCAAGGAGGACUAUCCUGGUUCUGAAGUGGUCUUUGCUCCUAUAUGUAAUCCAAAUCCAGUUACUGAGAUGCCGUGGCCGCAAUUGUCUUCUCCUGUUGCAAUACCCAAAGUUCUUUCGUUUGAGCCUAUACUUGUGGCAUUUGGGGAGGACAACCGGAUUAAAUCAUUACAUGCUGAAGAACGUCUAGAUUACAGGGAAAAGGAGGUUUCACUGUUUGAUGAUACUUUGCGCAAUGAGACCUUCCUAUACUUGAUGAGUGAAAUACAGCGUUGACUGUACAGCUCACUAUUUAACUGGCCACUCUGCGGCUUGUCUUUGGUUAUUCUGCUUUUUGUGUGUUUUUGUCAACGUUAUCAAUCUGUAUCCGUAAAGAUAAUCUUAUUAAUAAUUAAUUAUUUGCAAUUUUGUUUUCUUUGCUCCCUGCUUUCCAUUUUUGCUUUGAUUUCCC